GGGCUUAAGGCGCGCGGCGGCGGCGGCGAACGGUGCCCCUCAGCCAUGUUGGCCGUGAAGGUGAAGGUGGAGAAGACGGACCUGGAGGCGGCGUCGGCGCGGUCGCGGUUGGACGCGGUGCUGCAGGGGCUGCUGGAGAGGGGGGGCAGGGAAGCGGCGGCGGAGGAGGAAGCAGCGAAGGCACCGGGGGAAGCCGUGAACAAAGAGACUUUGCCGAGUGCUCCCGGGAAGAGGCCCCCCCCCCGUCUCCCUCAGCAGCGGCGGAAGAAGCGCCGAGAGGCCGAAGAGGGGCCCGAACCGCAGCGGGGCAAUACGUAUGUGAUAAAGCUGUUUGACCGCAGUGUGGAGUUGGGGCAGUUCGCGGAGGGGACUCCGCUGUACCCCGUGUGCCGCGCGUGGAUGAGGAACUGCCCCACGGCGCGGGGGGCUGCCCCACAGCGACCCACAGAUCCCCCACGGGGGCAGGUGUCGUCGAAGGGAGAGGAGGUGUACGCGCUGCCCCCCCCUGCCCCACAAGUGCCCCCCCGCGCCCCCUCGCCGCUGGGCCCCGAGCAGGGGCAGCCGCCCCCCGACCAGCCCCCCCCCCCCCCACGGAGUCUUCUGGAACGAAACAUGGAGAGAUGGCGGCGAGUGAGGCAGAGGUGGAGGGAAGCGGCGCAGCGGCAGCAGCAGCGGUACCGCCCCAGCCUGGGGCUGCUGAGGCGCAUCUACGAGAGGCAGUGACCGCCCCACAGCGACCCACAGCGACCCACGGACACCCCAUAAGUGACCCACAGGGACCCCAUAGAGACCCACAGCGGCCCAGAAAGACCCACAGAGACCCACAAGUGACCCACAGAGAUCUAUAGAGACCCCACAGCGACCCACAAGUGACCCAUAGAAACCUCAGAGACCCACAAGUGACCCAUAAAGACCCCAUAGAGACCCACAAGUGACCCAUAGUGACCCACAGAGACCCACAAGUGGCCCACAGGGACUCAUAAGUGACACACAGCGACCCCGGAGGGAGCCCCUGCCCCAUAAGUGACCCCUCCAGACCCAUAAGUGGCUCUUCCAGACCCAUAAGUGACCCCUCCAGACCCAUAAGUGGCUCUUCCAGACCCAUAAGUGACCCCUCCAGACCCAUAAGUGGCUCUUCCAGACCCAUAAGUGACCCCUCAGCCCCAUCAGUGACCCCUCCAGACCCAUAAGUGACUCCUCAGCCCCAUAAGUGACCCCUCCAGACCCAUAAGUGACUCUUCCAGACCCAUAAGUGACUCCUCAGUCCCAUAAGUGACCCCUCCAGACCCAUAAGUGACUCUUCCAGACCCAUAAGU